AUGAAUUAUAAUAAUUGUAAUCGAAGAGUGUCGUCCAUUUUGUUGGGGUCAGUCUUGAAGCGCCACGAUUGCGCAAUAGUCUCACCAUCAAACUUCACCACCAAACCAGCGUCAUCAUCAUCAUCAUCAUCACAUUCCUUCCGCAACUUUUGGGGGGCCGGAUUAUUGAAAUCCAAGAAUCUUGAAAAUACUGGCAGUGUGGCACGAGAUCUCCUUGCUGCGGAACGAACCUUUUUGGCCUGGGGCAGAACUGGAUUGGGAUUUGUGGGUGCCGGGACUGCCCUCUUUGCCGCCUACCAUCAAGAGACCAUGGCCGGCAUUCGGACGGACAUUGUCUUGCCAGCGGGAAUUCUCAUUACCAAUGGCACCUUCCUGUUGCUCUUUGCGACUAGAAGAUACGUCGUAGUCUCUCAAGCGAUUCAAUCCAAUAUGUUUCCCUUGAACGUUACAGGAACCUUGGGGGCCAUUCUUGGAUCGGGAGUUGGUACGGUGACUUCCUUGGCCUUGGUUCUGAACACGGAGCUCAAGAAAAACGCAUCACCAGCAGAAUCACCAGCAGCAUCACCAGCAGCAUCACCAGCAGCAUCACCAGCACCGUCAUCCGAUACAUAA